AUGCAGAUCAUUGCAACAAGGUCACCAAUGGUGAUGAAAUCAUAUAAUACUUGUCAACAUCAGUUAAACAACAAUUUCAAUAUUCAGUCUGAAUCAAAAUGUUCCACAUGUUCAAAUAGAAAACUUUUAAUUCUACCUAAUCAAAACAAUAAUGAUCAUAAUAGUUAUGUAUAUGAUUGUUGUGAAUUAAAACACAAUCCUUUUCAAUCUAUCAUCAAUUCAAUUUAUGAUAGUAAUAAUACUAAUUGUACAAUAACAUCAUUUCUUCAAAAUGAUAAUCAUAAUCAUAAUAAUAAUCGUGAUCAGAAAACAUUCAAUUCAAAUCAAACUUCUUUAUUGAAUUCAAUUUAUACAAAUGAGAUUUGUUUAAAUGAAUUCAGAUAUCAUACGAAAAUGUAUCCAAUUCAAAGAUCAUAUGAUACAUUCCGUCAUAAUUGUAUGUUAUACUCUAAUACAAUCAAUGAAAAUAUCCAUCUAUUUAUUAAACAACACCAACGACAACAACAAGAGAAUUGUAUUCAUUGUAUAUUGAAAUGUGACAAUUCAGUUUUAGCGCCUAAAUUAAAUGAAAUUAUUUCUUAUUAUUAUUAUGAUAAUAAUAAUAAGAGUAAUAACAGAAAUGAAUGCCAAUACUAUCUAUUAGAUAGAAUGAAUAGAAUGUGUAAAUAUAAUCAUUUCAAUGAAUAA